AUGGUUUUCUCAUUACGAAACAUCUUCACAGCUGCUGCCGUGCUAUCAGCAACAGCUAUUGCGGCUCCGCAAGGACCUGGUGGCCAAGGCGGCGCCCAGGGCGGUGGUCAACAGGGCAGCGGGAGUGUGGCUACGACGACAUCGAGCUGGGCUCCGACAACAUCGAAUUGGGCUUCAGCAAGCGCCAGUGCCACCUCAACGACAUCAGCGUCCGCAGUCCAGGCUGUGUCAACUUCGACUGCCUGCAACAACUCCCCAGACCUUUGCGACCGACAAUACAGCAAUGUUACACAUAUGGGUGCACACGACAGUGCCUUUCUUCGAGAUGCUAGCACGGACAACUCGAUAUCAGGAAACCAGUAUUUCAACGCAACAUAUGCCCUGAACGCCGGGCUACGCUUGCUGCAAACUCAAGUCCAUCUCCUCAACGGGACACUCGAAAAUUGCCAUACAACCUGCGAUUUGUUGGAUGGAGGUUCUCUCGAGUCAUGGCUUUCUGCUAUCAAGGAUUGGAUGGACGAAAACACGGACGAGGUUGUGACUCUGCUCAUUGUCAACUCGGACGACCAGGACGUAUCAGACUUUGGGUCGGUCUUCGAAUCUUCGGGCAUUGACGAGUACGGCUACACGCCCGAUGGCAGUGGUUGGCCGACGCUGGGCUCCAUGAUCAGUGCCAACACGCGCCUGGUCACCUUCAUCGCCUCCAUCAACUCCAGCACCACUUACUCGUAUCUCCUUCCCGAAUUUGAGUACGUUUUCGAAACCGCCUAUGACGUCCGGUCCCUGUCCGGCUUCAACUGCUCUAUCGAUCGCCCUACCACCUACGACUCGGCCUCAGCCGCCAUUUCUGACGGCUUGCUGCCGCUCAUGAACCACUUCGCCUAUUCGGCCAUCGGCUCCGUCGAGAUUCCCAACGUUUCCGACAUUGACACGACUAACAGCCCUGAUACGAACACCACAGGGGCUUUGGGCACACAUGCUUACCAGUGUUACAACGAGUGGGCUCAGGCCCCGACGUUUGUGUUGGUUGAUUUCUACAGCGAAGGCCCGGCCAUUGAUACCGCGGACAAUAUAAACGGGAUUACGGCGACGGGCCGCUCCGAUAGUAGCGAUUCCUCGAGUGUAGCUGCUAACCCCAGGGGUUUGGGCGUCAAGACGGGCGCUUUGGUUGCAUUCUUCGCGGCGGCAGUUCUAUUGGUAUAG